GUCAUAUGAUAUUGGAGCCAUCUGUUGUAUGUUUACCUCCCCGGUUGCUUGCCUAACAGAGUUAAUUAAAGCUGUUGGACACUUUGCGAGCCUUUGGCACCUGACGCCGCUCUUCAGACGCGGACCUCCGCCGCCGCCGGUCUCAUGCUCAACCCCAGUCUGCAGGCUAAAUGGCAACACCUCUCUGGACCUGCUGACAGAGGGAAUCUCACUUCCUCUCUUCUACGGCACGCGCAGACUUCUUGCAAGCACAGCAGAGAUCAUGCGGCAGUCGUGAUCGUAUGCAGACGACCAGCACACGGCGGGCCGGGGUUUACGCUGGAGCUGGAUGAUGGCUGGGGUCAGGCGUUUGGACACCGUUGCGGUUACCUGCGUCGUAACGUUGUGUUUCGCUUGUCUGCACGUGACCUCCUUAAAGUCCCAACUUUUCACCAGACUUGGAGGGUCGCGUCGCACCACGGACCCCCCCAUCAGCUAUAAAACACUGUACUUCGAUCAGAAGAUUGAUCACUUUGGAUUCCUCCAAGAUGGCACCUUUAAGCAGAGAUACCUUGUGGCCGACAAACAGUGGCACCAGCCGGAUGGACCCAUUUUGUUCUACACCGGAAAUGAAGGAGACAUCACCUGGUUCUGCAACAACACUGGCUUCAUGUGGGAAGUUGCAGGACAGUUGGGUGCCAUGUUGGUUUUUGCAGAACAUCGCUACUAUGGAGAGUCCUUGCCAUUUGGACAAGACUCUUACAGUGACAGCAAGCACCUGAACUACCUGACAUCAGAGCAGGCCCUUGCAGAUUUUGCUGUGCUAAUUCAAAACCUCAAGAGUUCUGUACCAGGUGCGCAGAACAGCCCUGUGAUCGCCAUCGGAGGCUCCUAUGGAGGGAUGCUCUCCGCCUGGUUCAGAAUGAAAUAUCCAAACAUUGUCGUUGGGGCUUUGGCAGCCUCUGCGCCAAUAUGGCAGUUCCCUAACAUGGUGCCAUGUGGAGAUUUCUAUAAAAUAGUAACACAGGACUUUGCCAAGAGUGGCAAAAACUGUGACGCAAACAUCAGAAGAUCGUGGAAGGCUAUAAAUAAUGUGUCCUCUACUGCAUCUGGUCUUCAGUGGCUGUCUGAAGAGUUCAGUUUGUGCGCCCCUCUAAAAAACAAGUUUGAAGCUGUGAGCUUUAAAAGCUGGCUUCAGGAGACCUGGGUGAAUCUGGCCAUGGUGGACUAUCCGUAUGAAGCCAAUUUCCUCCAGCCACUGCCUCGCUGGCCAAUCCAGGUGGUGUGCAAGUACCUCGGAUUCGAUGCCACCGUGUCUGACUACCAGCUGCUGCACGGUGUUGCCCAAGCUGCCAAAGUCUACUACAACUACACAGGAAGCUCUCCUUGCCUGAACACGUCUCAGACAGCAACCAGCAGCCUUGGUGCCCUAGGCUGGUUCUUCCAGGCCUGCACAGAGAUGGUGAUGCCCAUGUGCACAGAUGGAGUCCAGGACAUGUUUGAACCAGAGGAGUGGAACUUCCAGGCCUACUCUGAUGAGUGCAACGCCAUGUUUGGCGUCAGGCCUCGAGCUGAUUGGGCUGGAACUGUCUAUGGCGGAAAGAAGAUUGCUUCCCAUAGCAAUAUUAUCUUCAGUAAUGGAGGACUUGAUCCGUGGUCUGCUGGUGGAGUGACCUCCAACACAACACAGUCUCUGGUUUCCAUCAUGAUUCCUGACGGGGCUCACCACUUGGACCUCCGCUACAGCAACGCCCUCGAUCCACCCUCGGUCCGAGCUGCGCGGGCGUUAGAGCUGAAGUACUUUCAGAAGUGGAUCAGGCAAGCUCAAAGGUCAACAGGAACUGGUUACACCGUAUCCAAAAAGAGGAGGAUUUUUCUUUAAGAUGUUCUUGGCGUGCAAGAUUAAGCCUUAACAUGGAUGACAAUGGAAUUUCAUAUGGUGCUUUCAAUUUAAACAAUGCCAAAGUUGUUCUGAAUCAUUUUCCAUCUCUUGGUGAUGUCAUGUUGUAUGAACGUCUUUUAUCUUGUUAGAAACACCCCAAUUUUAAUGCCAAAAUAUUUGACAAUAACUUCUGACAAGAAAGCUGCAAUAAAUGCAUUUUCUAUUCAGCUAUUCAAACAAUCAUCAUUGAAAUUAUGUAAAUUUCAGUUUACUGAUUUAUUUUUUACAUUUUUAUUAAAAUUUUUUUUUAAUAUUGCUUAAUUUUUUUUUAAGUAAAAGCAAAUAUGAUUUGUCUGCCUACACGGUGAUGUUGUUUCUACUAUUUUUGGAAAUCAGGGCUGCGUUUGCAAUCACUUAUUUUCGAAUUUCAAAAUGACAAAUUAUUACUAUUCUUAUCUUUCAUUCAAGUAAUCUUUCAUUCAAGCCUUUCAUUCAAGUAAUUAGUCAUAUUUUUUAUUUUUUUUUUACUUUCAAUGUCUCAGAAGAAAGUUCUGGCACCAAAAACAAAUGAAAUUGUCCGCAUUGAAGUUUUUUAUUUUGCUAUAAUAAGGUUAAUACACAAUCUGUUGUUUAAAAAAAAGGAAAUUUAUCUUUUUUUAUUUUAGAUCAGCAAUAAUUUUGCUUUGUCUUUGCACAUACCUGCUGCAAAAUGAUACUAAAUUCAAAACUAUUGACAUCGAGCCUUCCAAAAGUACUCUACCCCUUUAACUUGUUCAUAUUUAUUUCA